AUGCAUCUUAACGAACCCGCAAAACCACCCCCUCUCCCUUUAACCGGCACAUUAGUCGUCUCCCUCGAACAAGCCAUCUCCGCCCCCCUCUGCACCCGGCACCUCGCAGACCUCGGCGCGCGCGUCCUAAAAAUCGAACGCCCCGGCACAGGAGACUUCAACCGACACCACGACCGGCGCGUGAAAGACCAAUGCAGCCAUUUCGUCUGGACGAACCGGAGCAAAGAAUCCGUAUGUCUCGAUUUGAAAGAUGAGAAAGAUUUGGCCGCCUUGAAGGAGUUGAUAAAGAGAGCGGAUGUAUUUGUGCAGAAUCUCGCGCCCGGGGCGGCACAGCGGUUGGGGUUGGGGUGGGAGGUGUUGAGGGAGGGGAAUGAAAGGUUGGUGGUUUGUGAUGUUAGUGGGUAUGGGGGGAGUGGACCGUAUAGGGACAAAAAGGCCUACGAUUUGCUCAUUCAGGCGGAAUCCGGCAUCCUCUCCACAACCGGCACCCCCAGCCACCCCGCCAAAGCAGGCACGCCCAUAGCCGACAUAGCAGCCGGCACAACCGCCUAUUCCUCCAUCCUCUCCGCGCUGCUCCUCCGGCAGAAAACCGGCCGAGGCACCCACCUCGACAUCUCCAUGCUCGAAUCCAUGGCCGAGUGGAUGUCCUUCCCGUUAUACCACGCUUACGAAGGACAGGAACCCCCAUCCCGAGCCGGGGCCGAGCAUGCGAGUAUUUACCCUUAUGGACCUUUUCGGACGGGUGCCGAUGGCGGGACGGUGAUGUUGGGGAUGCAGAAUGAGCGGGAGUGGAGAGUGUUUUGUCAUGAAAUUUUGGAGGAUGAGGAUUUAGUGCGGGACGAGAGGUUCAAGGACACGGCGACGAGGUCGCGGAAUCGGGGUGCGUUGAAGGGGAUUAUUGAGGCUAAGUUUCAGAAUUUGGAGGCGGAGGUGGUGUUGGGGAAGUUGCAGAAGGCGGGGAUUGCGAAUGCGAAGAUGAAUGAGAUGAGGGAGGUUUGGGCGCAUCCGCAACUUGAGGCGAGGGGACGGUGGAUGGAGGUGGGGACGCCGAAGGGGAGGAUUCCUGCGUUGAAGCCGGCGGGGCAUGGGGAGGGGUGGGAGGUUAGGAUGGAUCCUAUACCGGCUGUUGGGGAGCAUACUGAGGCGGUCUUUGAGGAAUUUGGGAUUGAAAGGUGA